GGCUGGGCUUGUCGGAUGUUUUUCGUCCUGAGGAGUACGAGUUAGUCGUUGUGGUAACAAGCGCUUUCAAGUGAACAUGGAGCUGCACAUUCUGGACCACCGGCUGCGGGUCACCAGCAUCGCCAAAAGCGGCCUGGCGCAUUUCACGCAUCCUCUGAUCAAGCUGAUAUUCCUCCGCCACCGGACACGAUGCAAGUUCUUCAGUAUGACCGAGACCCCCGAGAACUACACCGUCGUGUUGGAUGAGGAAGGCUUCAAAGAGCUGGAGGCCUCGUCGCAGCUGCAGGUGGAGGGCUCGGUGUGGCUGCCGCUCAACGUGCUCUCUGACGCCACCGCCUCGCUCGGCUUGCAGGCGGUGGGCGUCACCAAGAUCGCCGAGUCGGUCAUCGCGCCGCUGGCCCGCCAGCACGUCUCCGUCUUCAUGCUUUCCACCUAUCAGACCGACUUCAUCCUGGUGCGAGAGAAGGACCUGCCGGUGGUGGUGGGCACUCUGGAGGAGUUCAAAAUCUUCCGUGAAGUCGGAGGAGAGUCGAUCCUCGUCCGUGGCCAUGACAUCACCAACGGCCUUCACAAUAACGGCAAAGAAGCCGUGCCGGCCGCCCUUCAACCGGUGCUCAUCCCUCAGAACCGCUUCUGCGUCAUGUCCCUGGACCCGGAUACGCUGCCGUCCAUUGCCACUACGCUCAUCGACGUGCUCUUCUACUCCGGAAGGUCAGAUAUAGAUGGACUGCAAUGCCGUUGUCCGAACACAUGGUGGCGCUGUAGCUCAAGGCCUUCCGUGUGGCGGCGGAGCCCCAAACAAGACGAGGCAACGUCUCCCAGCGCAGACUUGGACCAGAUCAAGUUCUUCUCCUUCUCCCUCAUUGACGGUUACGUCUCGCUGGUCAUGGACACGGACGCUCAAAGACGCUUCCCCGCCGACCUCCUCUUCACCAGCUCGUCCGGGGAACUGUGGAGGAUGGUGCGCAUCGGCGGCCAACCACUGGGAUUUGACGAGUGCGGCAUCGUGGCGCAGAUCUCACAGCCGCUGGCCGACUGCGACAUCUCCGCCUACUACAUCAGCACCUUCAGUUUCGACCACGCUCUGCCAAGCGACUCUCGCAAGACCUGAGCAGUACGAUGACAGUCCCCGAAGAGGACAUCGCUCGUGUGAGCGACAUGCUGCACAAGCAACGGACGGACCCGUCCACCGGAUGAGCUCGGAGCCCCCCCCCAAAGCCUCCUCGGACGCCGCAAGCAUUUCUCGCUCCGGCCAUUGGCCACUGACGUUUUGUUUUGUCCGCCUUUUUAGAUGCGGUCCUCCCGAAAACGCGGAUAACGUCCUCAACGCCCUGAGGCAAAGCGUCUUUUGAGUGGGUCAGUGUUUUGUAAGGAAGUUAAAAAAAAAAAAAGAACCGGAGACACCUGUUACUUGGUCAAUAACUUGCUCAAAACGUUUGGAGCAUA